AUGUCGCCACGUGUCGCCAGACUGCUCGCUGUACUGAGCAUAGCCAUAGCCGCCACGUGUGCAGCUGGGCAAACGAUCGACCCGUCACAACUUCCCGCGUUGGCGGACCUACAAGCGGCUUUUGGGCUCAAUUACUCCUCGUGGGGUGAAGGCGGGGAUUGUUACAAGGCGAGCUUUCUGCGAUGCGACAGCGAUGGCAUGAUAACAGAAAUCAAUCUGGGAGCGAGCGGCCUUCUCGGCUCUCUUCCUGAAACUAUCAGCGGACUAGUGAAUCUCACCAGCAUUGAUGUGAGCGCCAACGGGCUGACAGGGCCGAUUCCCUCCACUAUAGGCGCACUCGCUAAGCUGAAACGGAUGCAGCUGGACAAGAACACGUUCGAGGGCAACCUCCCCGUGUCCCUGGGCAGGCUUACAAAUCUGACGUCCCUGGACCUGGCAGCCAAUCACUUCACAGGAUCCAUACCCGCUGAACUGGGCAACCUCGUCAACCUGCAGUACCUGCAGUUGAACGACAACUAUUUCGCCGGCUCCAUCCCGGCCUCUUUCUCCCAACUUGACCAACUGCAAUGGCUGCAAUUGGGCAACAACCAGCUCAUGGGGCAGCUGCCUGCUGGAUUCGUUGCCUUCCCCGGUCUCACAGGCCUUUGGAUUGACAUACAGCACACGUGCCCGCCAGACAGCACCGGCUGUGGUCAAACCCUUCCGCAACAACACCUUCUGCCUGCAGACCUGCCCUUCCUUCUAACCACCCACCAUUCUUCCUUGCCUCUCUUCCUUGUCAUUCUCUCUUUUGCCAUACAUUCGCAUGUCUCCAUCCAGCUGGAUUGA